GCUGGCUGGCUUGCCGCUGUCGCUGCGCUGCACCGGGCUCCUGCUAGCCGGUGGAUGGGGGUGUCCGGUUGAGCCCCGGGAUCCGCGUCCCUCCACCAGGACCCACACAGGGAAACGGAGCUUGGCAUUUGCAGUCAUCCCACUGUGGUGCCAAGAUGGAGGCCCCGCUGGUGAGUCUAGACGAGGAGUUUGAGGAUCUGAGGCCCUCUUGCUCCGAGGACCCAGAGGAAAAGCCGCAGUCUCUCUACGGCUCAUCUCCUCACCACCUGGAGGACCCUUCCCUCUCUGAGCUCGAGAAUUUUUCUUCCGAAAUAAUCAGCUUCAAGUCCAUGGAGGACCUGGUGAAUGAAUUUGACGAAAAGCUCAAUGUCUGCUUUCGGAACUACAAUGCCAAGACAGAGAAUCUGGCUCCGGUGAAGAACCAGUUGCAGAUGCAGGAGGAGGAGGAAACUCUUCGGGAUGAGGAGUAA